UGCGCUCGCCCCUUUUGCUUGCAUCACACUCUCGGAGGAGCCCGCGCCUGGGAGCUGUCCCAGACAACAUGGUGCUGAAACCGCAGCGAGAGCGAGCGAGCAUCCUCCGGCUUUACAGAUGAUUAUCAUUACAACUCGUGUUAGAACUGCACAACGCCUAUCUUCGCAUGAACCGUAACGCUUUGGAUUACCAAGCAGGAGCCACUUCAGUAUUUUGCCAGCAAUUUGAUUCUAAGGAAAGGCACUGGAUGUGACAAAACGACGGACUGUGGAUGGCAAAAAUAUUUCCUCAUCGUCGAAAGCGAAUCUGUUUCUUCUCUGGACUGAUUUUCGAAGGACAUGUCUGACAAUACACGGGACAGUGAGCUAAACUGCCUUGGGAUUUCUGCAACAAGGGUUGGGUGUUUAUGGAGAUAGACUGCCUGUACUAACAAGACGUUGGCACCUUAUAUCUUUCAGAAGGGGACUUGUGCGGGAUGCAUUUGUAAGCGGUCGGACCUGAAACAUGAGAUGAACGCCAAUGACAAUUGCUGGCCAAUUGGCAAGAUUGUGGCUGAAUUUCGUUUCACGCAACACGAUUUGCAUUCACAUUAACACAAUUAUACUGUAGUCGCUUUUGGAUGAUGGCUAAUAAGCGAGGACGAUGUGAUGUGAUAUGGAUAACAGAAAUUGUGUACUGUGUGUGUAUGGUAGACUUCCAGUUGUUUAAUUAAAGACAAACCAAGGCUGCCAUUUAUUUGGCUCUGCUGACGAAUAGCCUGCAUUUCUGUUUUCGUGCUUUUGAUGAAUAGAUGCCACUGACAAGAGUACCUCAGGGUAGCAGCACUUUUGUCAGAACCUGUUCGCGGGAAUCCCCGAUAUUUUUCAUUCAAUUCGGGUUAUUUGUCCGCAGGUUCGUGUUCGAAUGUUCGAUUUGAGUAUAUUUGAGUAUAAGGCCAGUUGUUGCAAACGCCCUCAGUCCCAGUAAACUGUUUAGUCAGGUAUCCUAAAAUGUGUUUAAUGUGGUAACAUCCGAAUGAACUAGUUUUACUGAGGUACUCAAGAUCAGAACAGGGUUACUAAAGGUAACAACUGCACGUUACCACAUUUGACAGCUAUUAUUAGGCUACAUGUGCUUACAAUCGUCAGCUUCUCAAUGGAAACACGAGCGCGAGGACUCGCUCAUAUGAUGUAGCUCUUAGAAUAACUGUUGAAAAUAAACAUUUUCUCUAUGUUCAAACGGUCGGUGAGGGUUAGCAGAAAGCGGUGUUCUCACGGGACUGAACCGGCAGCACAGUUGUUUUUCCUCGUUGGAAACCAAACAGUAAGUUAUGUUAUGUGACCUGCUGGAGUCCAGUAACAGAUAGCCUUAGCAUUAUAGGCCGUUUAAAAACAUAGACCGCCUUUCCAUUAUUCAUAAGACGGGCACAUGUUGUUGGCUGUCGGUGUCAUUGUAUGGUGUUGGGGAUUGUUGGGUCGCAGACCGAUGCUGCGCCGCCAGGGCAAGCAGAAAGGCCGCUGUUGCGUCUUGUUCAGUGACCUGAAGGUUUUCCUACUCAGGCCACCGGCACCGUCGGCAUCGCCACCUGCCUUCACACCCAUGAACGAACUAAACGCGGAGGGCAAUGCGACGAGCAGCGCCACGGAGAGCCACUCUUUAGCCAACGGACAUUAUCAGCCGGUAACAGGUGAGGCUUUGGACACACGAGGGCCCGAAGACUGGACUCAUAGCGAAGUGGAUCCGCCGAGGACUCUGGACUGUUGCAGCUCAUCUGAGGAUUGCUCUAAGGAGAAGCUGGACGAGAGGUUAUCUCUGAACAGCUGCACGGACAGUGGAGUCAGGACUCCGUUAUGUCGGAUCUGUUUUCAGGGCCCAGAACAGGGGGAGCUGCUGAGCCCGUGUCGCUGUAGUGGUUCUGUUCGCUGCACUCAUGAGCCCUGUCUUAUUAAGUGGAUUAGUGAGAGAGGAUCCUGGAGCUGUGAACUCUGCUACUACAAAUACCAGGUCAUCGCCAUCAGCACCAAGAACCCGCUACAGUGGCAGGCCAUCUCGUUGACAGUGAUAGAGAAAGUACAGAUAGCUGCAGCUGUUCUGGGUUCUAUGUUCCUGAUAGCCAGUAUCUCCUGGCUGGUCUGGUCCUCCCUCAGCCCCUCGGCCAAGUGGCAACGGCAGGACCUGCUCUUCCAGAUCUGUUACGGCAUGUACGGCUUCAUGGACCUGGUGUGCAUCGCUCUGAUUGUCCACGAAGGUCCCUCCGUAUUUCGCAUCUUUAACCGCUGGCAGGCUGUUAAUCAGCAGUGGAAAGUCUUAAACUACGACAAGGUGAAAGACAAUGAGGAGCAUCAGAAGACCGGUGCCACAUUCCGGACCCUCACUCUGCCGCUGACGCACCGAAUGGGGCUGACCGGCACGGAAGGUGAAGCCUCCACCUCCACGUCCUCCCUCAUGGCUGCAGCUGCCACCGUAACCCCCACCACAAACUCCGUCCCGUUGGCAGCAGGUGCCACGACAGAGCCGCAGGACUCAUCUGAGCCCAGCAAUGGGCAGCCCUCGCUGCCAGACCACCACUGUGCUUACAACAUCCUUCAUCUCCUCAGCCAUCACCUGAGGCCCCAGGAGCCGCGCGGACAGACCAGCAACAGCAACCGCGAACUGGUCAUGAGAGUCACUACAGUGUGAGGCCUUCGAUGAAGUCCAGUUUACGGUUGAAUCUCUGCAUGCGACGUAUUUAAAAGAAAGGAUUCACUGAGGAGAAUUAAACAGUGUUAACCGACGACCCAGUGCAGUGCUGUCCGGGUUUAAGGCGUUUGUUUUUUCUGUUUUUUACAGUAUUGAAUAAAACAAGGAAGCAGUUUCUCUCACAGUGGCUACAGGAAAUAUUAUGGCCAUAAAGCUUCACAUGUGAGCAACUGAGAAAGGUCAAAGGUCAGUGGGGUGGAGUCUCUGAGUGUGUGUGUGUAUUGAGUUUUAUUGUCAGCUCAAGGCCACAGUCAGAGCUGUGACCGUUCUGAAGCACAACCAUAACAAUGCAAUCCAGUUUCUACACUGACAGCCGCUGCUGAACUAAAACAGCUCAGAGUGAAGAACAAACGUGUUUGUAUGUAAAACACACAUUACACUAAUUUUACGAUUACUACAUGUUGUAUUUUCAGAUAAAAUCCUAUUAUUAAUGUCACUUGAGCAAGUCUAAAUCCGUUUCCUAACCAACCAAAUGGGGUAUUGAAGGAUCAUACUGUUGUGUUUACACUCACAGGCAGUAUGUUUUUUUAGCGAAAUCAAUCCUCUUUGUCUUCUCUCAGUCUUGAACAUCAGUAACAGGAAACCACGUUACAGUGGAGACAACU